AUGGCCCAACCUAAAACACACAUUGUCCAUGGCAGCAGCCCAAUCCCACCUACCACUGAGUGGGUGCCCUUUGAAUGGGAAGAGCCAAAAAUCGGCAAGCAGGUGUUUGGCGAGGUGACCGUCGCCCGCAAGUUCGGAACAAGUGGGAGCCUCACCGCCGGUUUCUGGAGGACUUCUGCCUCGGCUCCCGGGGCCAACGCGGAUGGCUCCUCCAAGCUCAUAUACUCCGCGCCCCUCGGUGACGAGACUGCUUGUGUCAUUGACGGCAGCGCGACGCUCACCGUUGUCUCGACCGGCAAGAAGUACACUGUCGGCCCUGGCACAAUCAUCAGCUCGCCCAAGAACUUGGAGGUUCUCUGGGAGAUCGAUGCCCCCUUCUUCAAGAAAUGGUGGUGUAUCUGGAACGGGACCGAUAAUACUUCCAAUCCCCCGACUGACCUCGGCAUCAACAAUGUCAGCGACAGCCCGGCCGACUGGGCCGACUACCACUUCACAGAGCCCAAGGAGGGCGACUUGGUGGCCGGAGAGCUCUACUUUAUUCGAAAUAGCGGGACGACAGGCACAAUGCUGAGCGGGGUUUGGCGCUCCGGCAAAGGCAUCGCAGCGACGCAUCUCGACGAGAAGGGUUCCAUGACUACGCCCUACACCGGGGUACUUGGUGAUGAGACCAUCUUCCUUCUGGAGGGAGAAGUGGAGGUUACGGAGACAGAGAGUGGCAAGAAACACAACUUCAAGGCUGGUGACCUCAUUGGCUUGACUUCUGGAAUGCAUGUGACGUGGGUUUCCAAGGGGCCGUUCUCAAAGAAGCUUUGGGUUAUUACCCGUGACGAGCUUCCAGCACAGUAG